AUAAAUACCCAUAACAAGGGUUAAUAAACUAAUAAUCAUUUCUGCCAAUGGCAAAUCCAUCUUCUCUUCCUCUUCAAGAACAAAAGCCUCGUAAAAACACCAUACCACGAGUUGUAGAGCUUAUCAUCCUCUUCCUUCUCUUAUCUCUCCUUGUUUACCGUCUGUUCCAUCUCGGAGACCAUGGCUGGCCUUGGGUUCUUGCCUUUUGCUGUGAGUCCUGGUUCACUUUAAUCUGGAUUCUCUCUCUAAACAAUAAGUGGAACCCAGUGUAUAACAAAACUUACCCAGAACGCCUCUUGCACUGGAAACCUGCUCAUGAGCUUCCCUCGGUGGACAUGUUCGUCACAACGGCCGACCCCGUCCUUGAACCGCCGAUUAUCACCGUAAACACCGUACUAUCCUUGUUAGCAGCUGAUUACCCGGCGAACAAGUUGGCUUGCUAUGUCUCCGACGAUGGUUGUUCCCCUCUCACCUUCCAUGCUCUCGUCGAAGCAGCUAAGUUUGCUAAGCUUUGGGUUCCAUUUUGUAAGAAGUUCAACAUUGCUGUUAGAGCUCCAUUUCGAUACUAUAAUGGCGAGUCAUCAUGGUCCGAAGAUAGUUCAUUGGAGUUCCAAGACGAAUGGAAAAAGAUAAAGGAUGAAUACGAAAAGCUUUGCCAAAAGAUUGAAGAGGCGUCGCAAACAUCUGCGCCAUGGGACCUAACAGUGGAUUUUGCAGCAUUUUCUCAUACAGAGCGCAGAAACCAUCCAACUAUAAUAAAGGUUAUAUGGGAGAACAAGGAAGAUCUUCCCAAUGGUUUGCCUCAUCUGGUCUACAUCUCCAGAGAGAAGCUUCCAAAGCAUCCACAUCAUUUCAAAGCUGGUGCCAUGAAUGUUUUGACCAGAGUGUCAGGGGUGAUGACAAAUGCUCCUUUCAUGCUGAAUGUAGACUGUGAUAUGUAUGCCAACAAUCCCCAGAUGGUUCUUCAUGCUAUGUGCAUGUUGCUUGGUGCCAAGAAUGAAAGGGACAGUGGCUUUGUUCAAUAUCCACAAUGCUUCUAUGAUGGACUCAAGGAUGACCCAUUUGGAAAUCAGUUGGUGGCUUUGUUUGAGUAUCCGGCUCGUGGAAUAGCGGGGAUGCAAGGAAUUUUUUAUUCUGGAACAGGAUGUUUUCACAGAAGAAAAGUUAUAUACGGUUUAUCACCUGAUAGCACAGUAACCAAGGGAGAACUGGGUGAUGAGAGUUUGCAGAAUACAUUUGGCAAGUCGACGAAAUUCUCCAAAUCAGCAGCCCAGAUUUUAUCAGAAUCCCAAGUAAAGACCCAGAAUCCAAGUGGUCUUUCGAGUUCCCUUGAGGCAGCAUAUCAAGUUGCAAGUUGUAGCUAUGAACAUGGUACCAGCUGGGGUGAAAAGGUUGGUUGGAUAUAUGGAUCGGCAACAGAAGAUGUCCUAACUGGGCUUACUAUCCAUGGGAGAGGUUGGAAAUCUGCCUAUUUAACACCCGAACCUCCUGCUUUUCUUGGAAGCGCUCCAUCGAGUUGGCCCACCACAUUGAUCCAGCAGAAGAGAUGGUCUACUGGGCUUCUGGAAAUUCUUUUAAGCCCAAAAAGCCCAAUAAUUGUUCUCUCCAAAGGCAAGCUCCACUUCCGACAAUGCCUGGCCUACGUGUGGAUUCAGAUGUGGGCUGUACGAUCGAUUCCAGAGCUUUGUUACGCUGCUCUGCCGGCUUAUUGUAUUAUCACCAACUCACACUUCUUGCCCAAGGUCCAUGAACCGGCUAAAUUUAUACCAGUCGCUCUCUUUCUCAUUUAUUACAUAUACACUCUAUCAGAGUAUCUACGAGCAGGCCUGUCAAUCCAAACAUGGUGGAACAAUCAGAAAACGUUGAGAAUCAUACCGAUGACAUCAUGGUUCCUUGGAUUUCUAAGUGGUAUACUCAAGUUCUUAGGAUUGUCCGAGACUAUGUUUGAAGUUACAAAGAAAGACCAAACCACCGGUGCCGAUGACACCAAUGCUAAUGUAGGAAGAUUCACAUUUGACGAGUCCCCAGUUUUUGUGCUCGGCACCACCAUUUUGCUAGUAAACUUGGCCGCAUUGGCGCUCGGGUUGUUAAGGUUCCGAUCGACGAUUCGUGGCGGAGAUGGGUCAGGGGUAGGGGAGAUAUUGUGCAGUGUGUGGUUGGUGCUUUGCUUCUGGUCAUUUUUUAGAGGGCUAUUUGGGACAGGAAAAUAUGGAAUUCCAUUCUCUGUUAUAUGUAAGUCAGGGGCUCUAGCACUAUUGUUUGUGCAGUUCUGCAAAUGGAACUCCAUGGGUUGAGAAUUUGGAUCAAGUUAGAAUAUUUCUAUUUGUAUUGGUGAAAACUUGUACUACACUACCACAAUUUACUUGUUUGUAUUCCCAAUUGAACUUGAAUUAGCCAAUUCAAUAAGUCUCCUUUGUAUAGUUAUAUUUUGGGGGCAUAACAUUGUGAUUGUUCUCUAGACUUACCGAUAAAAACAAGUUUAAGAAGUAUUUUCUAU